AUGACUUCUCAGGAUCUAGAGAUAGAUCACGAGGGUGAGUUUCUCGUGCUUGCCAGUGAUGGUCUAUGGGAUGAGAGUGUUGAGAAAUGUAAUUGUUUUAUUCAUGAUGCGAUAUCCCUUGCUCAGAGCGAAGAGGAGCCUGUGGCAGCUGCCCGCAAGUUAACGGCCACAUCCUUCACUCGUGGCAGUGCUGCCAAGUGCCAACAUCACAUGCAUUGUUUUUAA